UCCCGAGAGAGAGACCGACAGAGGUGCCCGCGCGGAGGAAGAGGCGGGGAGAGGGAGAGAGAGACAGAGAGAGAGAUGGACGUGGAGAAGGUGACGGAGGUGGCGCCGGAGGUGGACGACGACGGCCGCGUAAGAACAGGGACGGUAUGGACGGCGACGACGCACGCCAUCACGGCCGUGAUCGGGUCCGGCGUGCUGGCGCUGCCGUGGAGCGUGGCGCAGAUGGGGUGGGUCCUCGGCCCCAUCGCCCUCGUCGGCUGCGCCUACAUCACCUACUUCACCGCCUGCCUCCUCUCCGACUGCUACCGCUCGCCGGACCCCGUCCACGGCAAGCGCAACUACACCUACAUGGACGCUGUCCGCUCCUGCCUCGGGCCGAGAGAAGUGGUGGUGUGCGGCAUUACACAGUACACGAUUCUCUGCGGUGCCGUCGUGGGCUACACCAUCACGGCCGCCACGGGCAUCAUGUCCGUGGUGCGCAGCAACUGCCGGCAUUACAAGGGCCACGGCGCGGACUGCAGCCAGGAAGGGACCAUGUACCUGGUCAUGUUCGGCGUCGUCGAGGUCGUCCUCUCGCAGCUGCCCAGCCUGGAGAAGGUCACCUUCGUCUCCGUCGUCGCCGCCGUCAUGUCCUUCACCUACUCCUUCGUCGCGCUCAUCCUCAGCGCCGCCAAGUUCGCGUCCAACCACCGGGCCGACGGCACCAUCUUCGGCAGCCACAUCGGCGGCCCCGGCGGCGUCUCCGCGGCCACCAGGACCUGGAGCUUCCUGCAGGCCCUCGGCAACAUCGCAUUCGCCUACACCUACGCAAUGCUCCUCAUCGAGAUCCAGGACACGGUGAAGGCGCCGCCGUCAGAGAACGUGACCAUGAAGAGGGCGAGCUUGUACGGCAUCGGCGUGACGACGGCCUUCUACGUCUCGCUCGGGUGCGUCGGGUACGCGGCGUUCGGCAACGCCGCGCCGGGGAACAUCCUCACCGGCUUCGACGAGCCCUUCUGGCUCGUGGACCUGGCCAACAUCGCCGUGGUCGUCCACCUCGUCGGCGCCUACCAGGUGUACGUGCAGCCCGUGUUCGCGUGCUACGAGAAGAAGCUCCGGGCCCGGUACCCGGACGCGGCCUUCUUCCACCGGGAGCUCGCGCUGCGGCUGCCCGGCCGCCGGGGCGCGCUCCGCUUCACCAUGGCCAAGCUGGUCCUGCGCACGGCGUUCGUGGUCGCCACCACGGUGGUCUCGCUGAUGCUGCCCUUCUUCAACGCCAUCCUCGGCCUGCUCGGCGCCGCCGCCUUCUUUCCGCUCACCGUCUACUUCCCCGUCACCAUGUACAUCACGCAGGCAAAGGUGCCGCGCGGCAGCGGCAAGUGGGUCGCGCUCCAGGCGCUCAACGUCGGCGCGCUCGUCGUGUCGCUGCUCGCCGCCGUCGGCUCCGUGGCCGACAUCGUCCAGCGCCUGCGGCACGUCACCAUGUUCAAGACACAGCUGUGAUCAAUCUAUAUGGAGGUGGCUGCUCUGAUGAUGCUUCUGCAUGCAUUUUCUCCUUUGUGUUUGCUCUGUCUAGCCGACUUGGUAUAGCUGGUUGCUGGGAUUACUUGCUCGUGUUAUUGUCGUGGUAGGUAUAUUUGUGUAGGGUAUAUACCAUCGACGGGUACCGCAGCUAUGGUUGGGUACUUGGGUCCGUGGAAGUGUGAAACAAUCUACUUGUCUUGUGAUUGAUAUUUUAUUGUCGUAUAAGAAGAUCAUUCAUAUUUGUAGAGUC